AUGACGUGGGCACUGGAGUUUGCACCGCACCUCCAGGUCCCGGCCCUGUUUUGCUAUGACGCCCAGGCCGCAGGAGCAGGGGUCUUUGCAGCUGCCAGCACGCCCCGUGUUGCUAGUGAUGACUCUGGUCCAGCUUUGAGUGACGUAGUCAGCCUGUUCCGCCAAGCCCUGUCGGCGCGUCUGGCUAUCGGCCAUUGUCAUGUUUCUGCGCACUCGGGUUUGCUCCCAAACGAACUUGUCGACCAGCUGUCCAAGAAGGCCAGACGAGAUGGCAGUCCAGUCUAUGAGCGCAUGCUGCCUGCGUGGCCCAGUCAAUGGGCCCGACAUCCCUUGAGGCGUUGGGGUUGGUUGGCGCACCACAGUAGCCCUUGCCUACCGGCGCUGCCCGCCCUCCAGUCUGAUGCGCACCGCCUCCAAAGCCUUCAGCCUUGUAUCGUUCCUCCGGAACGUGGUGUCCAGCAGGUCAAGCAUAGGGAGGCGGAGGUUUCUUAUGAUGUCACCUGGGUCUCUUUUAAUGUCCUUUCGCUGUUUGAUGCCCAUGUUCCGCAUGGCCGCCAGUUGCGGGCACAACACGCUGGCAUGAUGAUAGCGGGCAAAAGAGACAUUCUGACGGCCCAGUUCCUCCACCGCAAGGUUUGGGCAGUUGGCCUGCAGGAGACAAGACUCCCCACCACGGAGGACAUGCCAGAUCGCCACUUCUUGAUGUUCAACUCUGCCGCCACUCAGGAAGGGGCCUAUGGCUGCUCCCUCUGGCUGAACCUGCAGGUCCCUUACGCCCGUGUGGCGGAGCUUUACAUUGAGCGCCGACAUGUGACUGUUGUAGGGCAGUCGGCUAGACACCUGCUGGUCCAGAUUGAGGCUCCCAGACUCAAUCUUACCCUUUUGGUUGCGCAUGGCCCCUCGCAUACUUGGGUUGGACCUGGGCCUCAGCCUGUGCGGUACCGCCUGGAUUUUGUGGCGGUCGAUGCGUUCGAGGCCAUGCAGGCAAGACAGGACCAUUUCCCAGCGGAUCAACAGCGAUUUAUCCACGCCUUGCAGCAUUCUCCACCUUUGACCUGGCAACUACCGAUCGACCAUCACUUCGAUGGAGUCGCAGAUGCUUUGCUGGCAGCGGGUCGUCAGCACCAACUGCGGCCUGUCGAGGCCCCGCAAAAGGCUUACCUUAGCCCCUCCACUCUGCGAGUGGUGCAGCAUGGCGAGCUGUGCGUGCUUAUUUGCGUCAGGAGGAAGCGGAACUUUCCCGCAGACGCCAGCCGCUGGCUUUGGGAGAUGGAUGUCAGCAUUGCCCGUGCUUUGGACAUGCUCUCCUGGCUCACGGCCUCUGUCCGCACGGCCGUCCGCCGUGAUCGCAAUAGCCUCUUCCUGGAGGACAGGUGGACCUCCUACUUCGCAGAGCAGGAAGCCGGUCGGCUAAUUCAACUAGCCGACUAUGAGAAGGAAUUUAGUGCCUCGGACUUUCACCCCAGCUUGGGGGGCCCUCAUUUUGAUGUGGAAGCUCUGCCGAGUUUGCUGGAGGUGGAGCAACAGGUCCUCUCGUUGCCUUACCGCAAGGCUGCUGGACCGGAUGGCGUAACAGGAGAGUUGCUGAGGUACAGCCCUGCCUUUGUCUCUCAGUGGGUUUUUCCUUUGUAUCUGAAGUCGGCCAUGGCUCUCCAAGAGCCCGCCUUGUGGCGAGGUGGGCACCUUAUGUGCCUUGCCAAACGAGCGACUGGCCUUUUUGAUUGCUCCUCCUUCCGGUCAAUUCUGUUGGCCAGUGUUCCGGGCAAGGUGUUUCACCGCAUCAUGCGCAACAACGCCAGGGUUAAAGCCGACCUGCAAGCAGGCCAGCUCCCAGGCGUUGGGGUCGAGGGCAUUUCCCUCGCUGUCAAGUCUUACUUGGCAUGGGCCAGGAGUUCGGGCUAUGGUACUGCAGACGUGUUUUUCGAUGUUAAAUCGGCCUUUUAUAUGCUGAUUCGUCAAGCUUUGGUUCCGGUACAAGCAGCUGAGCGCAAUCUUGUUUCCCUCUUCCACCAGCUUGGGGUUCCGGGAAGUGCGGUGACUGAACUUGCACAUCAUUUGCACUCUGCCGCGCAUGUUGUGGAGGCGGGUGCGACGGCCCACCUUACUGCGAUCGUGUCAGACAUGAUGCGUGGGACAUGGUUCAGACUUGACGGGGCGGCUGCUCUCGUUCUUACGGAGCGAGGCAGCCGCCCCGGUGACCCACUGGCAGAUCUGUUGUUUGCCUUCACUUUCUCCGCAUAUGUGCGCAGUGCGGAGACUGCUCUGGAAGGACGACAGCUCAGUCCUGUUGUUCCACGUGUAGAUGUCGCCCCGCCGUGGGCUGCCUGGGAGCCAUGUGACUGCAUAGGUACGGCUGCCUGGGCAGACGAUUUUGUACUGCUUCAAGCUUGCCACAUGCGACAGGCCCUGAGCGGACAGGUCCAGCAGGCGACCCAGGUAAUGGCCGAACACGCCACGGCCAUGGGGAUGAUCUUGACCUUUGCCAAGGAGAAAACGGCUGUGUUGUUUGAUCAGGACUGUGAGCCCACUGGUGUUGUCAAGGAUGCCUUGGGAGACGCUUGUCUUGAGGUUCACAACAGCAUUUUGGGGGUCACGGAGUUCUUGCCCAUUGUUGAUUCCUAUCGUCAUUUGGGUAGCAUCAUCACAGCCAGCCACACUCCGAUGGUAGACAUCCCUUUCCGCAAGUCUCACGCGGAUGCUGUCUUCAAGCCAUUGAAGAACAGGCUUUUCUCUUCGGAGCGCGUGCCUCUCGCUAUCCGCCGCACUCUGUUGCGCUCUUUGGUCCUCUCAAGGUUUGUCUUCGCCGGUGCGGUGCUUUUUCUGCAUGCACACCAGCACCGCAGGCAGUGGUGCAGGCACUACGUCAAUCUGUGGGGAGGAUUAUCCAAACGCACCUCGGCGGAUCGUUCCCCCCACAGCUACGAUGUUUUGCAUCGGGCCAGAGCUCCGUCUCCCCUCUUGGCCUUGGCAAUGAUGCGUGCAGUUCAGCUCAAGCGCAUGUUGCAACACGGCCCUGCCCAGCUUCUGCACAUCUUGCAUGCUCACUGGUGCUUGUGUCCCAGCCGGUCUUGGUUGGGCCAUUUCUGCGAUGAUAUGCAAGCGGUGUCUGCCUAUUGUCCGGCCGCAGCCACCUUGCUUUUGCAGGGCUGUCCCUUGACGGCGCUGGUCGAGGCCGUUCAAGAUAAGCCUAACUGGUGGGUACUGCAGGUGCGUCAGGCGUGCAAGGGCUACCAAGCCGACCUUGAGAAAUGGGUUUUGGCGGGACGUCCUUCUGUUGACAGUGUGGAGGUGCCGGAGGCGCCUCGUCCCUUCCAGUGCAGGGUUUGUACUGCCGCGUUCCGCCUGCACAAGCACCAAGCUGUUCAUGAGGCCCGAGCCCACGGGCUCAUUAGUGUGGCACGUCGACUUGCUCACACACCGACGUGCCAGGCUUGCAUGAAGUUCUACCACACGGUGGAACGUCUCCAGGGCCAUUUGAAACAUUCUCCUACCUGCAUGUUGCGCACCGUACAUGUUUUGCCCCUGCUGACGGCCCAGCAGGUGACGGACAUUGAACGUGAGGACAAGGCUUGGAGACGUGCAGUCCGCAAGGGCCACUGGAAGCGCUUCACAGCGGCCCGUCCUGUUCUACCGGUACAGGGACCCCGGCUUCCCCUGUACGCCGACAGGUUUUUGGACUUGCCUGAUGAAGAGGUCACCCUGGACCUCUUUCGCUCCUACCGCCCCUCUCCGGACAGCGUCCGGCUCGUCCUGGAUAUCACAGAGUCAGUCUCGGUUGAAGGUCCACGGGUGUCCGGUCUGGAUUUCUGGCUGAGGACGCCCCGUAGUUGA